GGGCACCCCCAAAGCGGGAAGAGUCCAGACAGAGCAGCUGGAGCCGCACUGCAGAGGGACCUCGGAGGAAGGACAUCAUCCCAGCCAUGGGACUCCACGAGAGACAGUCGCCACUGCUGAUGCCACUGCUGCUGGUGGUGACUCGUGUCCAGCCUGGGGCAGGUCUGGAGCGCAUCCACUAUGUCCCGCAGCUCUACAAUGCCACCCUGUUGGGAAGGCUCACACAGUCCACCUUCACACUGGAGCAGCCCCUGGGCCAGUUUGCGAAUGUCAACCUCUCUGACGCGGACCCCAUCUGGCUGGUGGUGGCUCACAGCAACUCCACCCAGAACUUUGCUGCCCCGCAGAAGGUGGAGGACAAGCUCGCCCCUGCCGGCUUUGAUCACAACGGCUACUACCUCACACUGAGGGCCAGCCGGGUACACUACCAGGGCCGCCAGGCUAGCAGCCAGCUCCGAGUCCUCCGUGUUGGCAACGAUACCAACUGCUCCAUGGAGUCCCAGGGCUGUAACUCUCCCCUGCCAGGUGCUGGCCCCUACAGAGUGAAGUUUCUGGUGGUGAAUUCCAAGGGACCUGUGGCAGAGACAGAGUGGUCCAAGGAAAUCUACCUGCAGCAAGCCCAGACGUUCCCAGGAGACCCAGGGUUCCGCAGCAAGGGUACUGUGUUCAUCAUUGCUUUCUUGCCAAUCCUGCUGGUUAUCUUCCUGGUCCUGGUCAUAUCUGUUUGCUGCUGGAGGAUGCCUAUGUCCCGCCCACAGGAGCAAGUUCCCAUGAGACGAUAUCACACCCACCACAUGGACAGCCCUCGAGCAGAGCGGAGUUCCUGAGAGGUUCCAAGGGUUUUCUGCAGGGGCCAAGUGGCUGAGCCUGAGCUGGGGCCUGCCUGGAACCUUCUGGAACCGUAGCGGGAAAAUGCUUUCAGCCCAAAACUUGGACUAGCCAGUCCCUGUCGGAAAUAAAUUUCCCUGAUAUCUUUGAA